AGUUUUUAAGGUUGGUUUUAAGCCCAUCUUUAAAUCUCUUUUCCUGCCCACCAGCAUUACGUUUCCCGUUCUUGAGUUCGGAGUAGAGUAGUUGCUUUGGGAGACGGUGAUCGGGCAUUCGGACGACAUGUCCAGUCCAGCGGAGUUGAUGGAGUAGGAGCAUUGCUUCAAUGCUGGUGGUCUUUGCUUCUUCCAGCACGCUGACAUUUGUCCGCCUGUCUUCCCAAGAGAUUUGCAGGAUUUUCCUGAGGCAACGCUGAUGGAAACGCUCCAGGAGUUUGGUGUGACGUCUGUAGACCGUCCACGUUUCACAGGCGUAGAGCAGGGCUGGGAGGGGAAUGGCUUUGUAAACAAGCCCCUUGGUCUCUCUACGGAUGUCCCGGUCAUCAAACACUCUCUGCUUCAUACGGAAAAAUGCUGCACUUGCAGAGCUCAGGCGGUGUUGUAUUUCAGUGUCAAUGCUAACUUUUGUGGAGAGGUGGCUGCCAAGGAAGCGGAAAUGGUCAAUGUUUUCUAAUGUGACACUAAACUGCCAUGGCUCAGUGCUAUGGAAUCAUGGGAGUUGUCAUUCGAUAAGGUCUUUAGGCUCCUCUGCCAAAGAAUGCCCUACCAAACUACAGAUACCAGGAUUCCACAGCACUGAGUCGGUGCAGUUAAAAGUAGCAUCCGAUUGCAUUAAUCCUACAGUGUAGCUGGGCCCUAAGUCUAUCACAGUUAUACUGCAACUUCUUCUUAGUCUUAAAGGCACUUCGAGAUCUAUUUGCAUAUGGUUCUAACGAGGGUCAGAUGAAAUAUCUUGCCCUCUGCUUGGAUUAGAAGGAGGAUUUGUCUCGUAUUUCUGCUUCUUUUGUAAACUGGGGGAGUGUUUUUGAAUUUUUUGCAGGAUCAGAGAAAGGGAACUCCAGGUGGACUUUGGAGCUAAGAUCCACAUAAACAAAGUGUCUUCCAAUUUCUCCUGUACGCUAUAUUUCCUCUCUGUUUGCAAAAUACUGCUCAAUUAAGCUAGUUCAUAUAUCUGAAAUACUAUUGAUCAUUUUUGCCGAGUGUUAGGAAAUUUAUUUACUUCAUUUCUACCCCACCUUUCUCGACCCUGAAUAGACUCAAGGCGGCUUAGAAAUACGGCAAAAAUUGAAUGCUGUAUCGGUACAAUAAAACACACCUGAUCAAAAUAUAAAUAAUCUAAAUAAAUAAGCAAUGAAAACACAUAAACCAAUCAAACAGAUUAAAACCAUAUAAAAUCUCAUGUCCAAAUCGUUUUCCAAAUCCAUAAAUCUCAUUAAGGGAGAUUGAGGGAGAUUUUCACAGUUCUGAGUCUAUUCUGCAGAAAAUUCACCCAUGCAUUUUUGUGCAGAAAACAGUAUUUUGGACAUAGAAUUUUGUUUGUUUCUUUUUUGCACUGACAAUACAGGGAAAUACUUAUUAUUUUGCAGAUAAUAAGUAUUGUGAGUGUUCUUUGUUCAACCUGCCGUUCCUACUUCUAUGGGGGUCCUUGCCCUUAUGCCCAGCAAGUGUGGAACCUCCUUCUCAUUUGCAUGGAAACUCUGUUCUUCACUUGACAUGUGCCAACUUGACUCCAAUUCCAAGACAAAGUUAGGAAAUCGAUCGGGUAAAUAAAGGAGGAAUACAAAUAUGGGCUCUGUUCCAUGGUUAUAUAACUGUGAUUUUUUUUUUCUCUGAUGAUGACUGAACUUAUUUCACGCUUCCUGUUGAUUUGGAUUCUGGACUUCAGAGAAAGUCUAUCUCUGGACUUCAGUCUCGUUGCUGCUUUCCACACCACAAAAGAGAGAGAAAAGAGCUGAAGAGCCAUGGAGGUUUUGGGGACCACCACCCUCUUCCUGGUGGUCUUCCUGGUCCUGUUUGUGGCCUGGAGGAAAGUGGAGGCCAAGAGGAGGAACUGGCCCCCGGGCCCAACGCCGCUCCCGCUCAUUGGCAACCUCCUCCAGCUGAAGCCCACCAAUAUUGCAGAACAGUUUAAGAAGAUGAAUAAAAAGUACGGAUCGGUCUUCAUGGUGUAUUUUGGCUUAGACCCAGUGGUGGUCGUCUAUGGCUAUGACGUGGUGAAGAAGGUUUUAUUGGACAGCGGAGAGGAAUUCCUCAACAGGGGAAGCUUCCCUUUGGUAGAUAAGACCAACAAAGGACUCGGCAUCAUCAUGUCCAAUGGUGAGCGGUGGGUCCAACUUCGCCGCUUCUCCCUCAUGACCUUGAGGAACUUUGGGAUGGGAAAGAAGAGCAUCGAGGAACGGAUCCAGGAGGAGGCAGAGCACCUGAUGAAGGAGCUCAGGGACAAAAGAGGGCAGGCCUUCAACCCACAACACCUUUUCAACUGCAUCACAUCAAAUGUGAUCAGCCACGUCCUUCUGGGGGAACGGUUCGAUUACCAUGAUGAGGAGUACCUCCAGAUCCUCAAGCAGCUCAUUGAUGGUGUCCGACUGGAGAGCUCAGUCUCAGGACAGCUCUACAACUUCUUCCCCAGGAUCAUGGACUAUCUGCCUGGUCCUCACCAAACCUUCUUCAAAAACAUCUAUGGUGUCCAGACCUUUAUUGCCCGAAAGGUAGAAGAGCAUGAGAAGACCUUGGAUCACACUGAUGUCCCUCAGAACUUCGUAGAUGCCUUCCUCCUCAAAAUGGAGCAGGAGAAGAACAACCCCACAACAGAAUUUACUAAAGAGAAUCUGAUGAUGACCAUUUAUGAUUUAUUUAUCGCUGGAACGGAAACCACCAGCACCACCAUCAGAUACUUCUUCAUGACAUUGGUGGAGCAUCCAGAUAUCCAAGCCAAAAUCCAGGAUGAAAUAGACCGCGUGAUUGGCCGGGAGCGGAUGCCCACCAUGAAGGACCGUCAAGAGAUGCCCUUCACAGAGGCCGCCAUCCACGAAGGCCAGAGGUUCCUUGACCUCGUCCCCUUAGGCCUCAUUCGUAUGGUGAAAAGAGACAUAGAGCUGGAAGGCUUCACCAUCCCAAAGGGGGCCACUAUCUACCCCAUCCUAAGCUCUGCGCUCCAUGAUCCUAAGCAAUAUGCAAAUCCGUAUCAGUUUAACCCGGAGCACUUCUUGGACAAAGAUGGGCGCUUCAAGAAGAACGGAGCUGACAUGCCUUUCUCUGCAGGAAAGAGGAACUGUCUUGGCGAAGGACUGGCCCGGAUGGAGCUCUUCAUCUUCAUCACCACCGUCCUGCAAAACUUCAACCUCAAACACGCUCCCGGAGUGCCCAAAAUAGACCUCACACCGGACGUCAGUGGUAUUCUGAAUGUCCCACGCCAGGUCCCCUUCUGCUUCACCCCACGCUGAGGAGCCCAUUCCACUCCCAUGAAGUCCUUGUGAAGUUUUCUUUUUAGUGCAGAUUGUCCCAUUUGAAUAGCAAGACAUCAAACUGACCUCACUACAGACGGCAAUGGCAUCCUGACCAUCCCACACCAAGUCCCUUCUUCUUGAGUUGAAGUAGCCAUUCCACUCCCAUGAAGUUCUUGUGAAGUUUUCUUCUUAGUGCAGAUUGUUCCAUUUGAAUAGCAAGACAUCAAACUGACCUCACUACAGACGGCAAUGGCAUCCUGACCAUCCCACACCAAUUCCCUUCUUCUUGAGUUGAAGAAGCCAUUCCACUCCCAUGAAGUUCUUGUGAAGUUUUCUUUUUAGUGCAGAUUGUUCCAUUUGAAUAGCAAGACAUCAAACUGACCUCACUACAGACGGCAAUGGCAUCCUGACCAUCCCACACCAAGUCCCUUCUUCUUGAGUUGAAGUAGCCAUUCCACUCCCAUGAAGUUCUUGUGAAGUUUUCUUUUUAGUGCAGAUUGUCCCAUUUGAAUAGCAAGACAUCAAACUGACCUCACUACAGACGGCAAUGGCAUCCUGACCAUCCCACACCAAUUCCCUUCUUCUUGAGUUGAAGAAGCCAUUCCACUCCCAUGAAGUUCUUGUGAAGUUUUCUUCUUAGUGCAGAUUGUUCCAUUUGAAUAGCAAGACAUCAAACUGACCUCACUACAGACGGCAAUGGCAUCCUGACCAUCCCACACCAAUUCCCUUCUUCUUGAGUUGAAGAAGCCAUUCCACUCCCAUGAAGUUCUUGUGAAGUUUUCUUCUUAGUGCAGAUUGUUCCAUUUGAAUAGCAAGACAUCAAACUGACCUCACUACAGACGGCAAUGGCAUCCUGACCAUCCCACACCAAUUCCCUUCUUCUUGAGUUGAAGAAGCCAUUCCACUCCCAUGAAGUUCUUGUGAAGUUUUCUUCUUAGUGCAGAUUGUUCCAUUUGAAUAGCAAGACAUCAAACUGACCUCACUACAGACGGCAAUGGCAUCCUGAUAGUAUGUAUCAAGACAUAGCCAUGACCCAGUGAAGAUAAUCCCCUGAGACCAUGAAGACUGGGCAAACCCUCUGACUGUUUCCCAAGCCAGAUAAUCACCAAACCCAUUGUUUAUGUGUAUGGCUUCUCGCGUCAGCCCAGAUAAACCCAAAACUGUUUAUCUAGUUAUAUGAUUCACUUGAAGCUGAAAUAUUGCUGCCUGCAUAAACAGAGACUUAGACUAUGUGCAUGUGUUAAAUUUAUUGACAACCAAGCCUUUGAUUACCCAAGAUCAUCACCUUGUGUUCCAGGGGACCUGCACCUUGGUUUUCUGAAGCUCCUAUCUUUGUUCGGCACAAAACUGGACAUUUGAGCUCAUCAGAAGCCCAUCAAUAAAUCUUUACCAUUUGUUUUCCCCAUAUUGUGUCCUCCCAGGAGAUCUUUCUUCAGCCGAUUGAUCCUUCACUCUGACCAAUCUCCAGCUGCAUUUCUCCCUUCCAGUCAAUCCUGGCAUGGGUCCUAGACAGUUUGUUUCUGGCCAAUCAGGGGAGGGAACUGAAAGUCUGAAUAGCUGUCAGAACUAUACAAGAUGUCUUACAUUUCUCUGUAUGCUUAUGAAUGCACAUUUUGAAGCAAAUUGCUGUACUUUUUGGCCAAAUUGUGAUAGACGUCUGUGGUUUGUUUUCAACCUGGUGAGUGGGUUUCUCUGUCCUGGCCUAUCUGGUGUUGCACACACUUGCCAGGCAAAGAUCCCCUUAUCCACAGUCCUAGUUAACCACUACAGUCUGGACCUUUAAAAUCACUUGUUUAGUGUUCCACCAAUUUAGCCAGUCCUUGGGUGCAUCUAUAGUUUAGAAUGAAUGUAGUUUAGACCCACUUUAUCUUUUCUAUGGAUUCCUGGGAGUUUUAGUUUUGCAAGAUCUUUAGCCUUUUCAGCCCAAGAGUGGACGUGACUCACUAAACUACAACUCCCAGGACUCCAUAGCAUAAAUCCAUGGCAGUCAAAGUGGUGCCAUACUGAGUUCAUUCAAACAUUGAUAGAUGCACCCUUAGUCAGAACAGAACUGUAGCUUGCUUUGCAUAGAAUAAUUGUUUAUCUUGGUGACACUUCACCUACAAAUGUAUUCCAAUAAUCCUCAAUAUUUCUAAUAUUACCCAUGUCAUUGUUGGUAAUCUAUUAUUUCCUUUUUCUACUCUCCAUUUUUAAAUAAAAUGAUCAGUAAACA